AUGGAACCUGUUAUUCAAGUUUACGCGCCAACUUCUGAAAGCAGUGAAGAAGACCUUGAGGCUUUUCACAGUGAUCUUGAUGAUGCUUUAGAAACAUGUAAAUCUCAAAAAGUUGUUAUUGUGAUGGGUGACCUGAAUUCAAAAGUUGGCUCAGAAAAAAUACAUGACGUGGUUGGUCCUCAUGGGAUAGGUGAAAGAAAUGUAAGAGGAGAAAAGUUGAUUGAAUGGCGCGUCACAAGUGAUCAAGUUAUUACCAACACAUGGUUUGAAAAUAAACUUGGAAGAGUCCCGGAGACAAGUCUGUUAAAAAUUGAUGAGAUCAAGGUCAUGUAUAACGUUGAAGUACGGAAUCGUUUUCAGUUAUUGACGGAAGACUUAUGUAAAUCUAAAUAUAAAAUAUUUAAAGAUGCCCUCACAGAAUCAGCAAAAAGAGGUCAUAAAAGGAUAAGAGAUGUCAUCGUAUCUCGGAUGGGUGAACGAAGGAAAACAAAGGAGAAAUGGUUAAAUGACAAGUGCGAAUUCAUUGAAAAGAUCAAAAACAAUAAUACAAAUGGAAAAAAGGCUUGUACCGUUUUUGGAUGCAUAAAAGCUAAAUCCGACAAGGGCAGUUUAGAUUUUUUAGUCACAUCAUGCGGAAGGAAAGAAUGGAAAAUCUAA